AUGACUGAAGAAGUUAUAAAUUAUUUUGAAAAAACUGGCGUUAUUGCUAAAGUAACUGAUGUAUUAAAGCUGUUGUACGAAAUGGAUGAAAAACCGGUUGAUCCUUUCGAAUUUAUUCGUACGAAUAUGACCGAAAUUAUUCCAGAAAAGGUGGAGUUAACAAAGUUAGAAGAAGAGUAUAAUACUGUAAUACAAGAGAUUGCCAUACUACAACAAGAUAUCAUAAAUAUGACGAACAGACUAAAGGAAUUAGAAACAAAUGAAAAAAAUACUAUUCUUGGUUUAAGGAAAAAUGAUAUGAAAAUGCAUGGAAAUGCUGAAAAAGAUAAUGAAAAAUAG